UAUACAAUAUGGGUAUCAAUUAUCCAACAAUGGUGCUCUCGUUGAGAGGUUGAACACAAUCAAGUGAGAAAACCUCCCCAAAUAACCAAAAAUCAUUCCAAUCACAAAAAAAACCCAGCCAUAAACUGUUCUGGAAAUUGCAAAAAAAAAAGAAAAAAGAAAGAACAACGUGAUGAAUCUGCCACUUCAGAUCGGAGAGGUCCCAGCUCUGACCGGAGAUUGGUCAUCGUCCAAGCCAUCGCCUACCGCCGCACCUGGCCUGGGAACAAACGCGGGAGGUCGCCGUCAAGAUGUCACGUGCACUGCUUCAGGACACGUCACUGCUUCCGGAUCUGAUUCUCCAAGGAUGGUCCGUCAUCAAUGGCCGCCUGGGAUCACCUAGAAGAGAUGAACGAUCCUGCGUCCAGUUUCUCCACCUUCGCCACAGUGACAAUCGACGCUUGAAGUUUGCUCAUCCACCAGUUCCGCUGGCCGCAGGUCCACACCAGUCUAGUGAGCCCUCCAUUAAUGGCCAUAACAAUUUCCCUGUGCAAAGCUUUCAGUCCAGAUCUCGACGGAGACAGGGCAAAAUCGUACGGAGCAGCAGCAGUCCCAAUGAAUCUCUUCCACUCUUCGGCGACGAUUAGUGACGCUUACCGGCGAUGUUUUCAAGCAUCCAGCCUCCUUUACCAGUGGCGUCUGUGCACGAGACCAGUAAGCUUAACACGGAAGUGGCCAUAAACUUCUUCACCUCGCCACAGUUUCUGCCAUGAAUGGCCACAUCAAGCUCCCUUCGCAAGGUUUCCGCUCCAGAUCUCGCCGGGGACAGUCCAGUGCCCAAUGUCGCACAAAGCAGCAACAUUUCCAAUAAAGAUGAUGUUUUCAAGCGCC